UCCCCGCUUUCCCUGCAUCUGCUAUUAUGAUUUGUUUUCUUUCUUUCUUAUCCAAGGUGUACUCAAACACCGCCAGCAAUAACAACAACAACCGCGCCGGCUGAAGUCACGUCAAAACACCGCAUACAUUAGCCUUCUCAUCUUUGUUUACGCGUAGCUUAUUUAACCUGUCAUUUUCAUAAUUUUGGUCAAGUGGUUUUGUAAAGGUGAUAAUUUCUUGAAAUAGGGCGACACCCCAAGGUAAAAAACGUGGCUCGCCCGCGCGGUGCAUUGUGGUUCUGACAGCUCCUGGGUUGACGUCGGUUGUUUGGCCCGCUCGCUGUAAAAUGGCGACGUCCCUAGGAGCUAACACCUACAACAGGCAGAACUGGGAAGACGCGGACUUCCCAAUUCUGUGUCAGACAUGUUUGGGAGAAAACCCUUAUAUCCGCAUGACAAAGGAGAAGUAUGGGAAGGAAUGCAAGAUCUGUGCUCGACCCUUCACCGUCUUCCGCUGGUGUCCAGGGACACGCAUGCGCUUCAAGAAGACUGAGGUCUGUCAGACCUGCAGUAAGAUGAAGAAUGUCUGUCAGACAUGUCUGCUGGACCUGGAAUAUGGUUUGCCCAUUCAGGUCCGAGACACAGGACUGGCCAUCAAAGAUGAUGUUCCUAAGUCAGAUGUGAACAAGGAGUACUACACACAGAAUAUGGAGAGAGAGAUAGCUAACUCUGACGGGACGCGGCCAGUGGGCCUGCUAGGCAAGGCCCCUAGUUCCAGUGAUAUGUUGCUGAAACUGGCCCGAACCACACCGUACUACAAGAGGAACCGGCCACACAUCUGCUCCUUCUGGGUGAAAGGAGAGUGUAAGAGAGGCGAGGAGUGCCCCUACAGGCACGAGAAGCCCACAGAUCCAGACGACCCCUUAGCUGACCAGAAUAUAAAGGACCGUUACUAUGGCAUCAACGACCCAGUGGCUGACAAGCUGCUGAAGCGGGCCUCGACCAUGCCAAGGCUGGACCCACCAGAGGACAAGUCCAUCACUACCCUCUACAUAGGGGGUCUGGGAGAUACUGUCACAGAUGCAGACCUCAAGAAUCAUUUCUACCAGUUUGGAGAGAUUCGCACCAUUACAAUAGUCCAGAGGCAGCAGUGUGCCUUCAUCCAAUUUGCCACGCGUCAGGCAGCUGAAAUGGCUGCCGAGAAGUCCUUCAACAAGCUUAUAAUCAAUGGACGAAGGCUCACGGUCAAGUGGGGCAGGUCUCAGGCAGCAAGAGGGAAGGAGGCCAUCAAGGAUGGCGUCAGUGAGAUGGGCACCAGACUUGACCCUGUGCCUGGAUUACCUGGAGCUCUACCCCCACCGCCUGCCCUAGAUGAAGAAGCUCCAACAAACUAUUUCAACCUGGAUCCUAGUUCCUCUCCUGCUGUCAUGAACAUUGCCCUGCCCCCUCCCCCUGGCAUCAACCCACCCCCUCCAGGUUUUGGCCCGCCGAUGUUCCACCCCAUGGGUCCCAUGGCGCCCCCCAUGCCGCCUCCAAUGAGCAUGAGACCUCCGGGUCACAUCCACUACCCCUCUCAGGAUCCACAGCGCAUGGGUGCCCAUGCUGCACACGGCUCACGCCAUGGCGAUUAACGGCUAGAGUGAAAUUAUACUGUGAUGAGGCGUCAUUCCAGUGCAUUGCUUCCCCAUGUCAAACCUAGUGAGGUGGUUUCACCUUAAUUGCUGCAGGUGGAACUGAAACGUACAGAGCAUUUCUGGUAGAAAAACACUGCAUAGAGGAGACAAUUAUCUUUGACAGGAUAAGGUCUGGUUUUUAUUAGGCUACCUGCAGUGCUCUGAAUGGACUGAUCACGCACCAGCUGUGUGUCUGGAAAGACCACAACCAGGAUCUUACAAGAUGACUUUGUAAUUACUCAGCUAAACGUACUAGAACAGCCUCUUAACAGUGGAAAAUGAUAAACGACUUAAAUAUCAAACACCAUGAUUACUGCCCAGUGUGACCAGGUGUCGUCUUAUAAGAGGAUUCCUGCAGUUUUAAAGGGCUCCCGUGGUUGGUGCCAUUGUAUAUUCUGUAUGACAUUGUAUACUCAGCGUAAGACUUGUCACAUCAAGCAAAACAUCCCAUGGAGUCGAUCUCUGAGGAGCUUUUUUUUUUUUUUUAAAACCCUGUUCAUUUUCAGUUACAUUGACUUUUUUAUUUGAUACAAUAUUAAUAUUCCACAACAUGAUGACUUAGUUUAUUGUAAGAUUUUCUUUAAGUGUUGUAUUCAUUUGUGUCAUUAAACAAUGCCGUCUUGUCAUUUGUCAUCUCAGCAUGCAUACUAUUUAAAAAAAAAAAAAAAAAAUACU